UCUCCAAAAUCAUACUGUAUUCUAUAGUUUCAAGAAAAUGAAUUGCCACAACAGCUACCUACUAUGUUUGUUCUUCCUUGUCAUUCUAACAACCUUUAGAUUUUCCUUUGCAAAACAAACAAACCCCACCUCAAAAAACCUUAAUUUUCAUCAAUUCUUGAAUUCAAUAUAUGAAUGGAGAGUUCAGCAACAAAAACAAUUAACAGAUGCCGAUAAUAAUCUGAAACUUGGAACACCCACUGUGUUAGCAGGAAUUUUUUGUUUUAUUGCAGCCUCUAUUUCUAGUGCUGGUGGAAUUGGAGGUGGUGGACUAUAUGUACCUAUUUUAACCAUUGUUGCUGGUGUUGACCUUAAAACAGCCUCAAGUUUCUCUGCUUUCAUGGUGACGGGAGGCUCGAUAGCCAACGUUGUUUGCGGCAUGUUCUUACCAAGUCCCAAACAUGGUGGAAAAAUAUUGGUUGAUUUUGACAUAGCUUUACUCUCACAGCCAAGUAUUCUGUUAGGAGUCAGUAUUGGAGUAAUUUGCAAUCUUGUUUUCCCAGAAUGGCUCAUCACUAUUCUUUUUGCAAUAUUUCUUGCUUGGUGCACUUUCAAGACAUUUAAAUCAGGAAUUUAUUAUUGGAAAACUGAAUCUGAAGAAGUGAUGAGAAAAAGUUUGGGUGAAAUUGUGAAUUUUGAAGGAAUUGAGGGGCCUUUGUUGAAAAAAGAAGAAAAGGGCAUAAGGAGUAUACCAUGGAUGAAGAUGGGAGUAUUGAUUAUGAUUUGGUUUUCUUUCUUUUUCCUAUAUCUUCUUCGUGGAAAUCGAUAUGGACAAGGCAUGAUUCAAAUGGAGGCAUGUGGUUUGAUAUACUGGAUCAUUUCAUCAGUUCAAUUUCCUCUGGCGAUAAUUUUCACAUCAUGGAUCUUAUACAAGAGAGAAAAUAAGCAGAAUUUGCCUUCCAACAGGAAGGACGUAGCCUGUGAAACUAAGAAUGGACCUUCAGGAAUGUUCAUAUUCCCCUUAAUGGCGUUGCUAGCAGGAAUUUUGGGUGGUGUAUUUGGAAUUGGUGGUGGAAUGCUUAUUAGUCCUCUUCUAAUUCAAGUUGGAAUAACACCUGAAAUAACAGCAGCAACUUGUUCAUUCAUGGUAUUUUUCUCCUCUACUAUGUCAGCAGUACAAUACUUAUUUCUAGGCAUGGAACAUGUCAAUACUGCCCUCAUCUUUGCACUUGUUUGUUUAAUUGCCUCACUUAUUGGAUUGGUGGUGGUACAAAGAGCCAUAGAACAUCAUGGGAGAGCAUCACUUAUUGUUUUCUCUGUUGGUAUUGUCAUGGCUUUAAGUACUGUUCUUAUUACAAGUUUUGGAGCUGUAGAUGUUUGGAGGGAUUACACUAGUGGCAAGUACAUGGGGUUCAAGCCACCUUGUUGAAAAUAAGAAGGAAAAUAUUGAGAGUUGUACUCGUUUGAAGUGUUCCCCAGAUUUUGCAUAUUGGUGGUCCAAUUAACGAAUAUCAGUAGACGACAUUUGGAGAAUAUUUUGGGUUGAAUUGAAAAAGUGUAUUUGGAAGUAAGUGUGUUUGAACAUGAUUUUCACUCGGAAAAAGAGUUUGUAGAAAUUGAAGAUUCGUAAGUGUUAGAGUUGUGCUAGUUGAAGCGUGUGCGCUCCAGGAUUUCCAUAUUUGUGCUCUAAUUAAUCAAUGAAUAUCAGUAGGCGUUUGGACAAUAUCUGGCUGAAUUAAAUGAAAAAAAUGUAUUAGAAGUUGAAGUCGGAAAAAAGUAUUUGGAGUAUAUUUGGAGUAUUGACUAUGUUUGGACAUGAUCUUCACUUGGUAAAAGAGUUUGUAGAAAUUGGAGAUUUGUGAGUAAAAAAUACUAUUUCUCUUGAAAUACUACUCAUAUGGGUUCUUGAAAUAUCGCAAAAGUGGGAAAUACAUGGGAUUCAAGCCUCUUGUUUAAAGUAUGAAGGGAAAUAAUAUUGAGAGUUGUGCUAGUUGAAAUGUGUUUCAGAUUUUGCAUAUUUAUGCUAUAAUUGACGAAUUUCGGUAUAGACGAUGAUUGGAUAAUAUUUGGUUGAAUUGGGGAAAAAGAGUGCUUGAAGUUGAAGUUAAAAAAAGAGUGUUUAGAGGUACUGACUAUGUUUGGACAUGAUCUUUACUUAAAAAAAAGAGAUUGUAGAAUUGAAGAUUUGUGAGCGAGAACUAUUAUUUCUCUUGAAAUGUUGUUGUAAAUCAUUUACUCUCUUAAAAAUUUACUCAAGUCACCGGGGUCCUGUUGAAAUAA